GAAGGGAGUAGAGGCAUGCUGAAUCGUGGAGCAUUCAUCCCAGAUCUCCGGUCUCGAGGCAGCCUAGUCGCAGCCCAAUCCGGGCCCGGGCUUCCCCUGGGCUCAGCUCGGACAGAGCAGCGCCGGCUCAGGCGCGCCGCGGGCACCCGGUGGGGGCCUUUCCUGCCGCCGGCGCCGGGGGCCUUCUACGCCUCCAUCCGCGCCCGAGAACAUGGCGGCGGCUACAGGCAGGGCACGGUCAUUGUGGAGCGCUGGUGGAAGGUGCCGCUAGCGGGAGAGGGCCGGAAGCCGCGCCUGCACCGGCGGCACCGCGUCUACAAGCUGGCGGAGGACACGAAACACCGGCCCAAAGACAACCUGGAGCUCAUCCUCACGCAGUCGGUGGAGGAACUUGGAGUCCGAGGUGACCUGGUCUCAGUGAAAAAAUCUGUAGGCCGUAAUCGACUACUUCCUCAAGGACUGGCUGUAUAUGCAUCUCCUGAAAACAGGAAGCUGUUUGAAGAGGAGAAAUUGCUGAGACAGGAAGGAAAAUUAGAGAAGAUCCAGACCAAGGAAGGUGAGACGACAGUGAAAUUUCUGAGAAGAUGUCACCUGCAGGUAGGGAUGAAGAACAAUGUCAAAUGGGAGCUAAACCCUGAAAUAGUUGCCCGCCACUUCCUCAGAAAUCUUGGUGUUGUGGUUGCCCCACAUGCAUUAAAGUUACCAGAAGAGCCUAUCACACAGAGGGGCGAGUACUGGUGUGAGGUGACGGUAAAUGGGCUUGACACUGUGAGGGUACCUAUGUCUGUGGUGAACUUUGAGAGGCCCAAGACCAAAAGAUAUAAGUACUGGUUAGCCCAGCAAGCUGCCAGCUCCACAGGCUCCCAGACCAUCUGAACCUGUUCUACCUCGAAAGCAGCAAAGCAGAAUCAGAGGAGAGGUGGAGCGAAGAUGAUGGGCCAGCACCGUGGUGCUGACCCAGCUCUGACCAGCUCUGACCAAACACGGAAUUUUAGAAAGCAUAUGGAGACAGCGACAGCAUACUAGACUGAAUAUACGUUGAAUUGUCCAUAUUUGCCAUCUUCAGCGGUUAUCACAUCUAGCGUUAUUGGGGCAGGCCUACUCCAGAAGUACCAGGCUGUAGAUUUGGUAAGAUAAAUAUUAAUAAUAGACCAAAAUGGUCUAGAUCUGUUUAGCCUCGUCCUACAUCGGAAUUCAUUGGAAUAAAUGAUAGCGAUAGCUCAUUCUCAUCAUCCAAACUAAAUGUUUGUAUCUGAAAAAAAAAUAAAGAGGUUGUGUUCUUUUUA